UCAAUUCGGCGUCGAAGGAAAAGCUCUACCUUUCAAAUGUAAGGUUUCCUCCUUUUAUCCCUGAGAAGUGACCGCAGAGCUUCAGUUAAUGGGUCAGAGGUUUGAAGCAGCUUCAGUCUUCAUGUUUGCAGCAGAGCAGAGGAAACGCGGAGCACCAUGAUCCCAUGAAGUUGUUUCUCUAAAGAAAAGAGCGCAGACAUGGAUUUAUUCAAGCAGCAGAAUGUGGAGGAUUUCUAUGACAUUGGAGAUGAACUGGGCAGUGGGCAGUUUGCCAUCGUGAAGCAAUGCAGAGAGAGAAGCUCCGGGCUGGAGUAUGCUGCCAAGUUCAUCAAGAAGCGGCAGAGCAUGGCGAGCUCCCGAGGGGUCCGGAGGGAGGAGAUCGAGCGGGAGGUGACCAUCCUGCAGCAGAUCCAGCACCCAAACAUCGUCACUCUGCACGACGUCUACGAGAACCGAACCGAUGUGGUGCUCAUGCUGGAGCUGGUCUCUGGCGGUGAGCUCUUUGACUUCCUGGCCCAGAAAGAGUCUCUAAGCGAGGAGGAAGCCACCCAGUUCAUCAAGCAGAUCCUGGAAGGAGUGAAUUACCUCCACACCAGGAAGAUCGCCCACUUUGACUUGAAGCCUGAGAACAUCAUGCUUCUGGAGAAGAACGUGGCGCUGCCCAGGAUCAAACUCAUCGAUUUUGGCCUUGCCCACACCAUCGAAGCCGGAGUGGAGUUCAAGAACAUCUUUGGAACGCCGGAGUUUGUAGCUCCAGAGAUUGUGAACUAUGAGCCGCUGGGGUUGGAGGCAGACAUGUGGAGCAUUGGGGUGAUCACAUACAUCCUGCUGAGUGGGGCGUCCCCGUUCCUGGGGGAAACCAAGCAGGACACGCUGAGGAACAUCUCUGCUGUGAACUAUGAGUUUGACGAGGAGUUCUUUGGUCACACCAGUGACCUGGCCAAGAAGUUCAUCAGCCAGCUGCUGGAGAAAGAUAAGAGGAAAAGAUUAAGCAUUCAGGAUGCUCUCAGUCACCCAUGGAUCAAGUCCAAUGAGCUCAGAGAGGAAAAUAAAGCCACGGAGCCAAAGAGACGGGAGCGCCGCCAGCUGAAGACCAAACGUCUGAGGGAAUACACCAUCAAGUCCCACUCCAGCAUGCCGCCCAACAACACCUACGUGAAUUUUGAGCGCUUUGCUCAGGUGGUGGAGGACAUCGACCAGAUGGAGAGCUCGUUCUCCAGCCUGGCGGAGGCCCAUGACUCUUUGCAGGAGGACAUUGAUGCCUUGGUCUCUAUAUACAAUGAGAAGGAAGCCUGGUAUAAGGAAGAGAGCGAGGCCGUCCGACAUGAGCUCUCCCAGAUCCGCUACGAGUUCAGGAAGGUAGAGGCAUCUAAGAGGACCCUGCAGGACGACAUGCAGACGUUCAGCUGCAGCCUCGCCGCUGUCAGCGAGCGCUUCCAGGAGAGGCAAGAUCACUUCGAUGCGCUGCGGCUGGAGCUAAGCAACGAGCUGCAGUGGGUACAGGAGGUGGUGGGCUCGCUUCCCGUGGACGGAGGAGGUGGAGGGUAUCCCAGCUGUAGCUUCACCACCGUCUUCAACAACGAUGUGAACGAAGCUCUGAAGGAGCUGCUGAACCGCUCCUGUGGAGGAGAACUGCUGUCAGGAAUCAACCUGGACUUCACAGAGACCGGACAGCAGCGCUAAGAACCCAGGUCCAGACUCAGGACACACAAACUCACAAGCCGUCUUCUCACUCCAUCACAGGUGUUUAUUUUCCUUAUCUCAAAGCAGACGGGAGGCGACGGCGGCCGGACAUGGAUGCUCUCGGGGACGUCGUCACACCAGACAGAGAGGUCUGGUCUGAGCAUGCUUCAAACUCCAGCUGAUGGUUCCUGGUUCCAGCUGAGGGUUCUAACACAGUCUUGAAACUGGAAUUUGAUUAAUGUAGGGG